UCAGAACAGAGAUGAGAGAGCCUGGGGGAGGCACCGCAGGAGGAGCGGCGUAGUGAAGAUUUAUUUGCCUAGAUUACUAUAAGCUUUCUCACGGGUCUGUGCAGUGUGGAUCGACACUCGGUGUGUGAAGGGGAAGCUCUGCAUAGUAACAGGUUGGAGAGAUUCCUUGGAGGACCUGGGUUUUGAUGAGCUUGAUCAAACUGGUGGUGACAGAGGAAUGAAAUGAGGAAGGAAUCUAAAGAAGACUGCUUGUUGUUUCUCUUCUUGUCUGUUUGAGGAUGUUUUCUUGUCAAAGAAGUUGGCUCAGCGCUGCACUCAAGCCGGCCAGUCGUUGAUGGAGUUCUUGCAGGGGAGCGGUGACUACUGCCACGCCCAACAUCUCAGCGCUUGAGCCCAGGCCCCCCGGGGGAGGAUGGCCCUGCUGCCCUGCUGCACCUCCCAUCCCUGAAUGCCCACAGCCAGGUCGCCCUCUCCACCCAGACCCAGCCACCCCCACACUGACUGUAGACUGACCGUCGGACGGCAGGCCCACUAACUCACCAGAUGGGGUAGUGAGUGUCGGGGGCCAAGGGCAGCGUAAGCUAACGGACAGCUACCUCUUCACCCCCCCCCCCGGCACCUUACUCUUCACCCUCUCCAAACCCCACUCUAUUUCCAGCACCCCAAGACACCCUGGACAGGAGAGACUUGAGAGGACCUUGUAAAGUCCUCCUGAGGUGGGGUGUUGUUGCUGGGGUUUGUUCCUCAGCCUCAGAGAGACUAGCAGGUGUGACCUGCCUGCUUGGCUUCCUGCCUGGCUUCCUGCCUGCUGUGUCAGGACAGUGUACUGUAGCUAGUGGGCUGGGUACUCCUCUGUCAGGGUGGGUGCGGGCCCCUGGGUCUGGGUCGACGUCGUGGCGUCUUCUCCUGAGAGUGGGAUCCUCAGUGUGUCCAGAAUGAACCGUCCAGCUCCCCCCGUUGAGGUCUGCUACAAGAACAUGAGGUUCCUCAUCACACACAACCCCACCAACGCCACCCUCGACACCUUCAUCGAGGACCUGAAGCAAUAUGGUGCAACAACAGUGGUGCGGGUGUGUGAGGUCACCUACGACAAGACACCUCUGGAGAAGGAUGGCAUCACAGUCAUGGACUGGGCCUUUGAUGACGGUGCCCCUCCUCCCACUAAGAUCGUAGAUGAUUGGCUGAACCUGCUGAAGACUAAGUUCCGUGAGGACCCUGGCUGCUGCGUGGCGGUGCACUGUGUUGCCGGGCUGGGACGGGCUCCUGUGCUGGUGGCUCUGGCUCUGAUCGAGGGCGGGAUGAAGUAUGAGGAGGCAGUUCAGUUCAUCAGGCAGAAGCGCAGGGGAGCGAUCAACAGCAAGCAGCUGACCUACCUGGAGAAAUACCGCUCCAGACAGAGACUGCGCUUCAAAGACCCUCACAAACACAAGAACAAGUGCUGUGUGAUGUGAUGAUGUAGUGUGACCCUGCAGCCCGCCUGUUCUGACCCAUAUAGAACGACUACAUCAACUUUAAUAUUGGACCGACCUACACCCCCCUUUGUAGUGUGACCCCGCAGCCUGCCUGUUCUGACCCAUAUAGAACGACUACAUCAACUUUAAUAUUGGACCGACCUACACCCCCCUUUGAUGCAUUUAGGACUUGACCUGUUGUCUGUCUCCAUGGGGACAGUUAGUUCCCACUGUUCUGUUGGGAUUCUUCUGCUUCUCACUCUCAGGGCUGUUAGACCAUCUUCUCUCUGAUGUCUUUGAAUGAACACCUUCGUCCCCAACUGCCGGCCAAUUGAACUCGUAGAGAGGAAAAGCGAACAAGCCCGAUUUCCAUCAAGCACACACACACACACACACACACACACACACACACACACACACUGACAAACUAUUUUGCACUGAUUGUGACAUACUGUGACAUACACACACAGAGCCAUCGACCACCAGACCAACCCCUCAACCAGCAGCAACACUGUCAGCUUGGUCCCAGGCCUGAUCGUUCCUCUUUCCUCCCUGCUGCUUGGUAGCACUGACCCAACCCAAAGCACUGUCAAUGAAACACACCGACCCACCACUAGCUGUCACAACAGGUCUGCAUCACCAUACACCAUGUUAACUGAAAGCCCCUGCUAGCCAUGAUGACAUGAAUGAAAUAAUCAUGAAAAAGAAGAGAUUUUUUGCUGUCUGUGUGUUUUUAUCUCAAUGUUUGAAGAAGAUCCAGUUGAACGUCUUUGUUAAAUUGAAUGCCAUCCACAGAGCUCAGUCAUCUUGCUCCUUGCUCCGGUUUCAUAAUGCAUGGAAGGUAACACUUGUUAGAAUCAUGUCCUUGUCUCCUUCAUUUCUGAGGAUAUGGGGAUGCGGAUGGGACUUAAUAUAGGACAAGGUUUUGUGCUGAGUUGCUGGUUUUUAAAUAGCAAUAUUUUUUACAUUGUGAUAUGAAAUACUCUGGGAUUAGGAUUCUUCACCACUGGCUGCUUCUGUUGUACAACAUGAAGGAUCUCAGUGUAUCAUGUAGGAGUCAGCUGAGCCUGGGUGGGCUUGGUAGGCAACACUGUGUCCCAGAUGGCACCCUAUUCCCUAUAUAGUGCACUACUUUUGACCAGAGGUCUAUGGGCUUCAAUGCCUUGAAAUAUACACACACAUGGACUCGCACUGACCCUAUGGGCUCCGGUCAAAAGUUGUGCACUAUAUAGGGAAUAGGGUGCCAUCUGGGACGCGUACUAUGCUUUGGGAACGUAAACAUGACGGUGCACCGUAGUCAUCUCUGGGAUGAAAAACAGCCAACUGAACCGUCUGCUCAGAAAUAACGUCCAGGCUCUGUAUCUGUCAGUGUGGAUAUAGUCACUCAUCUUACCUCCGAAAUGGCACCCUAUUCCCCUUUUGUAGUGCACUACUAUAUAGCACACUUUUGACUAUAGUCCUAUGGGCUCUGGUCAAAAGUAGUGCACUAAAUAGGGAAUAGGGUGCAAGACGCGUUCUUAGUUAAUUAAGGACAGGUACUGAAGGAAUGACUCAUAUCCUGGGAAGAAAGCUGUCACAUUUAUCUGCUGCCUUGGAAGUAACCCACUUCAGAUUGUUCACAGUUAAUGAAGUACAAGAAAUAAAGUAAUUGUUAAAAGUA